CGAGAACAGGCUGACGUGCUGCACCGUCUCGUACGUAGCGUAUUGCGUCAUCACGCAACGGGCGUGGCCGAACACCAACACGGAAGUCACUCCUGUGGUCCUGACUUGCCUGGCACCUUGGCACCGUAGUACCCUCAAGAGGAGAAUCUGGGAUUCUUUGUCCCCUCUUACCCAGCUCACCGGCUUCAUUUGGACAUUUACUUGACAUCCGGGACACUACAAUGCUCGCACCGAGGUUCCUGCUGCUGCGGUCAGCUGCGUCCUUCACGGCCAGGUCCUUCUGCGCGGGGGGGGGCGUGUCCAAGCCCGGCAGGGCGCCCGACAUGGCAGAAGGAAAUCCCCUUUUACACGUGUCCAACGUGCGAAACAGGCUGAGAGAAAUCGUGGGAGCUUCCACUAACUGGAGGGACCACCAGCAGGCCAUGUCGGAGCGCCUGUCGCUGUCGUCCAUGUUGGCGAAGUCUCAGAACGACCUUCCAGCCAAGAGGAUGAAGGACAGCUACCUGGAGGUGCACCUGCCUCUGGGCUCCGAGCCCCAGCUCCGAGAGAAAUACCUCACCUUCCACAACACUGUCAGGUUUGGGAGAAUCCUGGAGGACUUGGACAGUUUAGCAGUCCUCAUCUCUUACUCUCACACCUACAAUCCGACACUGAAGAAGUCUCCUCUGUCCAUCGUCACCGCCCUGGUGGAUAAGAUCGACAUGAGGCAGCAUAUAAUCUAUCCUGACUGCGACAUCAAGUUCACCGGUCAUGUGACGUGGGUGGGAAAGACUUCUAUUGAAGCCAAGAUGCACAUGUCACAGUACGUUAAUGGAGCGUACACCCCGGUUCUGGAUGCUACAUUUGUCAUGGUGGCCCGGGAUCCAGAAAAUAAGAGGGCGGCUUUUGUAAAUCCACUGAAGCCUGAAGGUCCAGAGGAGGAGAAGCUCUUCCAGGAAGGAGAAGCCAACAAAUCGCGGCGUGUGGAUCUGAGCACCGCGUCGCUGCUGAAGGUGGCGCCCACAGACGAGGAGAGGAAGAUCGUACACAGUCUGUUCCUCAACACGCUGGACACAAAGACGGUCAGUUUCCGCAGCAGAGUUCUUCCUCCAAACUCCUUGUGGAUGGAAGACGCCAAAGUGAAAGGACUGGAGAUCUGCCACCCUCAGGAGAGGAACAUCUUCAACAGGAUAUUUGGAGGUUUUCUGAUGAGGAAAGCCUACGAGUUGGGCUGGGCCAACGCCUGCUCCUUCGGAGGAUGUCGACCCAGUCUGGUAGCUGUUGAUGAUAUCCUCUUCCAGAAGCCCGUGGACAUCGGCUCGCUGCUGCUGCUCUCAUCACAGGUGUGUUACACACAGGGGAAUCACAUCCAGGUCCGAGUUCACAGCGAGGUGUUUGACCCUCUGACCCGCCAGCACAACACCACCAACGUCUUCCACUUCACCUUCGUAUCUGACCGCGCCGUCCCCAACAUCAUCCCAAAGACAUAUGGAGAGUCGAUGCUUUACCUGGACGGGAAGAGACACUUUAAUCGACGUGGAGACCUGAACGCAAGAUGUUGCUGCUGCCAAAACCUGUGUGUGGGUGUGUGUGUGUGUGUGUUGUGUGUGUGUGUGUGUGUGUGUGGGUGUGUGUGGUGUGUGGUGUGGGUGUGUGUGUGUUGUGUGUGUGUGUGUGUGUGUGGUGUGUGGGUGUGUGCGUGUGUGUGGCGUGUGUUUGUGAGAGGAGUGGGUGAGGAUGUGUGAGUCGUGUGUGGAGAG